AUGACAGACACUAUUCUUGGAGUUGAGAUAAGUGAGUUUGUAGUUAAUCGUUAAUAUGCUAAGAUUCAAUAUUUGCAAGAGGAAAAUAAACAAUUAUAAGAAUAAUUGAAGGAUAUGGAAAAAGCAUUAAAAUUGAAUAAAGAUGUUCUUCGUUUAACAUUAGAACAAAAGUAUAAAGACUUUUUUAUCAAAUAAGUUUAAACAAUUCCAAUAAUUCAACUAAUUCAAGUGAGCAUAUUCAAACAAUACAAUUGCAAAUGAAAUUACAUGAAGAAAAUGAAAUGUUGAGAAAUCAAAUGGUUAAAUUGACAGAUGAAAGAAAUUUAGCUUAAAAUAAAGUAUGUUUUUCAAACAUUUAAUAAGGUAUUAUUGUCAUAGCAAAUAUCUGAAGAAAAUUAAGCAUUUUAUAAGGAUCUUAUUGUAGAAUUAGAAGAUAAACUUAGUGAAUUAAGAAGAUGUAUCUAAGACAAAGAAUACACUAUAUAAGACAUAGAAAAAAAUAGAGGAUUAGUUGAUAAUGGAUAAAUGGUUAAGAUUCGAGAAAUUGUAACACCACAUGAAUAAUCAUUAAGAUUACAUGAAGAAUUAGAAUCAACUAGAUAAAUAUUAAAUAAAGUUUCUUAAUAAUCAUAAAAUUUGUAAGAAGAGAACAAACAACUUAAAGAAAUUAAUCAAGUAUAGUUUAAAAUUGUAUUUUUAGAUUUACAAAAGAGAAUUAAUUAAAUUUCGGAUCCUCUUAAGAAGUCCCUUAGUAUAUUAAAAAAUGAAAAGUAAGAUAUUCUCAAUGAUGUUAAGAUUAUAUUUAUUAGGAUGAUCCAGGAAAUUCAGCUGAUGAUAUCUAAUUUCAUCGUGAAAUAUUUUUAAAUCAACUUUUAUUAAACCAGAUUCCAAAUGAAUAAAUACCUGAUUAACAUUAAGGUUGUAGAGAAUUUUAAUAGCAAUCAACAAAUACUAUGAAAUAUUUAACCAAUAAUGAGAGGUACUUAAAUAGAUUUAUCAAUUUUUUUAGAUCUAUUUAUAUGGAAAAAUUAUAGAAGAGUGAAGCUUUAUUAAAAGGAUAUAAAGAAUUAUUUGAAAAGGAAAAAAAUAAAGUGGAUUUUUUAGUUAAACUUACAGAUGAUAUGGAAAAAAAGAUAAAUGAAUGUUAUAGUUACAAUGAGUAGAUAAUCAAUGGAAUUAACAGUAGAGAUUAAAAAAUAGAAUAAUUAUAAGCUGAAGUUCAAUAUUAUAGAACUUAAUAUGGUAAUUAUAUUAGUUUUCUUAAAAAUAAAAGAAAGAUUAAUUUGAAUUAAUCGUUUUAAUUAAAGGAAGAAAUUAAAAAUUUAUCACCUACUACACCACCUCCAAAUUUAAAUGCAAAUAAUAAAAUAUUAAAUGAUAUUGAAAAAGAUCCAAAUGAUACUGAAAAAAUUGUCAGUAUUUUAGAUCCAGUUGAAGAUUAAUCACCAGAUAAUUGGAAGCCUGAUGAUUUAGAUGAUAAAUAAAAACCUCCUAAAAAAUUUAGUAAUAUUUUUGACUAUAAUUAUUCUGAAAUGAAUUUAAUGGAAUGUAAAUAGCUAUUACUAAAUACUGCUAAAGAACUUUUUAUUAAUUAUAAUUUAAAAAUGAAUAAUUUAAAAAAAAAGUAAUUAAUGGAUCCAAAAAAAUGCAUUAAAACUAAAUAAAUCCAUCAUAUUAAAUCUAGUAGUGAUCCUUUAGAUUACUUUACAUUAUAAUAUUAAAAUCUUUAGCUAUCUGAUAAACAUCAAGUCAAUUACAAUAAUAAUUUUACUAAUUUUUUAAUUAAAAAAAAUACUAAAGAUUAAGAAUGGGAAAAAAUUUUAAAUGAAUGCUCAAUCAUUUAAGGAGAGAAAACAAAAUAGGUUAUAUCUGAUAAUUAUGGAUUUAAUGAUAUACCCUUUAAUUGA